CUUCACUCAGGAGCGGAGCCAUAAAUACAGUCGACACCAUGUCCAGACGCAGUGGUCGCAUCACACUUCAAGCCAGAGAUUCAAACACACCUGAGCCGACCGUCAGAGCCCCACUGAAGAAAAGAAAAUCUGAGCCCUCCAAGAAGAAACUACAACCUGCUGCCAAGAAACAAAGCUAUGAAAUACAGAAGUGUUGGUCGGAGGAUGGCGCCACUCCGUGCAUCCUCAUCGAAACUCCCCACAAAGAGAUGGAGCCCACAGACCCGUCCAGCGUCUUCAAAAAGUACAGCUUCAAAAACCUCUUCAUCAAGGCCUCCCCCAUCCCCAGCCUCAGCUGGGCCAGUUCAGAUGACGUGUGGAUCAAGAUGCUCAACAAGGAGCUGAAGUACGUUCAUGACAAGAGCUACCUGCAGCGGCAUCCUAAGCUGCAGCCAAAGAUGAGGGCGAUUCUGUUGGACUGGCUGCUGGAGGUGAGUGAGGUGUACAGCCUCCACCGGCAGACGGCCUACCUCGCUCAGGACUACUUCGACCGCUUCAUGCUGACUCAGCAGAACGUCAACAAAGACUACCUGCAGCUCAUCGGCAUCACGGCGCUCUUCAUCGCCUCCAAGAUCGAGGAAAUCUACCCUCCUAAAAUCUACGAGUUCGCAUACGUCACAGACGGAGCCUGCGACAUGUGGGACAUCCAGCGCACUGAGCUUCACGUACUGAAGGCAUUAGACUGGAACCUCUGUCCUGAGACGCCCAUCUCCUGGUUGAAGCUGUACGCUCAGGUCGAAGCCCAGAAAGACAACGAGAACUUCCUGGUUCCUCAGUUCUCACAGGAAACGUACAUCCAGAUCACACAGCUGUUGGAUCUGUGCAUGAUGGACAUCAACUCAUUGGACUACAGCUACAGUGUUCUCGCUGCAGCCGCCUUCUGCCACUUCUUCACCUUCGACGUCGUUCAUAAAGUCUCAGGUCUGACGUGGGAGAGUGUGGCCCCCUGUGUCCAGUGGAUGAGACCCUUCAUGGACACGCUGAAGUCUGAAGCCACGCCGCAGCUCAAGAACUUCCCCAAAGUCAAAGCCGACGACAGACACAACAUCCAGACACACGUGGCGUAUCUGGACAUGCUGAGAAAAGCUCAGGAACGUCAGAUCGACAGCCCCGACUGUCAGAUGUCACCCGUCGCCGUUGGAGCCAUCCUGACUCCACCCAGCAGCACAGAGAAACCAGCCAAUCCCUGAAUAGGAAACAAGGUGACCAGCGACGAACGCUACCUCUCCGCAGUUUGACCCGAAGUGACGGCCGACCUCUCAGACCACACCAGCUCCUCAACCACCGGGUUUGAUUUUAGGGAAAGACGAACUCCGUUUAGCACGUUUUUUAUUUUUAACACUAAGCUCAGACUCUCGAUUCCUGUCAGUCUCUUUAUUUUAUCUGAAAGUACGGAGACGGUCAGGAAUUGAAGUUCUCUUUAUUUUUAAAUAAUUUAAAGCUAAACUAGUUUGAGUUGUGAUCUGAACCUGCAGCAGUUUCCUUGUGAGUUCACUGAUGUGAAGUGGAGACGCUGGCAGGGAAGCCACCUGCUGUGGCUUUUUUUUAUUUUAUCAAAUAAACAAACUGUGUUGGUUUGAGAGGAAACAUUUCAUACCUGUCAGGUACUUUCUGAGAGUCUUACUGGUGCUACUCUGUUGAAAUGGAAAUGCUCUCAGACAGUGCUUCAGUCAGAUUCUCAGGAAAAUGGAAAUGAGGAAUUUAUCAUUUCUUAUGUUUUUUUAUUUCAUUCCACGAUGAACUGAGGAACUAAAGUUGUGUUGAAUUAUAUUUCUCGCUUAAAUUCCCUUUUUUAAAUCUGGUGUAAACUUUAGAUUUACACUUGUCCCCGCCACAGAGGAACAAACAAUGUGAUCAUUUACUACAAAGUGUUUUUGUAGCUACUUUGAGCCACAGCAAAGAUCAGUCAUUGAUUCGCUGUUUAAUGUCCUGAAACCUGGAGAUGUUUAAAUGCACCUGUUUGUGGCUCAAUAAACCCCUUACUUUUUUU